CGGCUAUUGGAUAAUGAACAUUUUGAAACCUGACUUUUAAUAACUGUGGUCUAGAUUAUAUUCGGACACUUUGGGUGAGAAAUAAUAAAGUCCUUUUCGAAUGUUUGAAACGUGUAUUGAAUAUUGAGACUGAUUGUCCUUCGCAACUCAGUUUGCUUCAGAUUCGAAAUUCUGGGUAAUGUCAAAGAAAGCUAAACGUGCUUUGAAGUCAAUAGCGGAUUACUUAUUCCUAAGUAAAAGUGCACAUGGAAGCAUCUAUUCUAAAAAUAGACACAAAGGUUGUUUCCAUCCUUGUAGCAUAAUUCCUAAUAAAUAUAUAUACAGAAUUCGAAUAUGUUACAAAUUUACCUUUACAGAUGUUGUUUUAUUUCAACUCUCUUUAUUCCCCAUUUUGGUUUAUCGGAACGCUAAUGACACUCAUAAUAGAGUUCGAAUACUUAGACCCCGUUUAUAAAGUAAUUAAUACUGCUGUAUUCGUCUUAUACUCUGUUUUGGAAGGCCUUAGAUUGUACCUUGGAUAUGCUGGAAAUUUGAUGGAGCUGGUCCCUGAACUAGCUGGAUCAUGGUUACUGACUAUUUUGAUACAACUCCCAGCUAUUUCUUUCAUGUUAUUCAACUUUGAUAUGAUUAUAUCAUCAUUUGAGAGAACUAUACAUAUAAUUGAGUUUAUAAUGGUAGUCUUCGAGUCUUUGGUUGGAUUUUUUGUUCUAAAACUUAUGGUACAAAUGCAAGCCCUAAAGUUCCAUUCACAUUUACGCUCUCGUAGGAUUGAAAAUUUUGAGAACAAAUCUCUUGAAUAUCAGAUGUAAUUUUUGAUAACGAAUUUCGCCUUUUUAUUUGGUUAGUCUAAACUCGUCGUAAACAUUGUUUUGGUAUCUAAGUCCUAGAUUAGUGCAGAGUACUUCAUCAUCACUCAAAUUCAGUUAAUUUACUGCAAGCAAUUAAGUUAAGCAUUUACUAAAAGUCCCGUUUUUUGAAAUCUGCAGUAACAGCACUGAAGGUAGCGCACGAGAUUGAAAUUUUUAGAUCUAUCUGAAACGUACCUUAGUAGCU